GAGGAUGUGGGAGCAGCAAAUCAGUAUGGAAAGAGAAGGGAAGAUGGAUUCCUUGUAGUAGGGGAAGCUGUUGAUGGUAUAAGAGUGCAAGAAGAAGGUGUAAGUAUUACUGUGCAAGAUAAAGAUGUAAGGGUGAUGCAGAAUGAUGUUGAGAUAAAAGGGGAUACGAAGGAAAAUGAGUCCCUAGCAGGAAGAAAAUCUGUGCGCAGAUUCAGAGGAAUAAAGUCUACAAGGAGACUCCUUGUAGACUUUAUUCCUCUGAAUCUGCGCACAGAUUUUCUUCCUGCUAGGGACUCAUUUUCCUUCGUAUCCCCUUUUAUCUCACAUCAUUCUGCAUCACCCUUACAUCUUUAUCUUGCACAGUAA